UCGAGUGACUUCAUGUCCACUUCUUUAUUCAAGAGUGUCUAAACAGCACUCGAGACGAUCAAUAAAUACCAUACUGAAUUUUAUUUUCUCUCGCCUAUUACUAAAACACUUCUGAUUAGUCGAUGUUGCUUGAACAUUCAGAAAAGACCCUACAACAUAGUAAUUGAUAAUUUGUUGCAAAAAGUAGGGUUAGUUUUGAGUGAUAACAUAUUUUAAUUGUCAAUGUUAUAAUCUAUAGUAAAACAGACUUGUUUUUUUUAAAAAAAAAAGUGAAUACAAUAUAAAAAAUGUCACAACAAAGUGUUAAUGAAAAAAGCUACAUUUUGGAUCAACGUAAAAACUUUGCUGAUCAAAAUGUUAGAAGUGUGGAUACUGAUGAUUCCUGUGAUGACCUGAGAGAACUUAUGCUGGACGAUGAUCCAAAUGCAGGAAAAUUUUCUUCUGUUCUCAUGGCGAGUUUUAACUUUAUAAAUUCUAUUAUUGGCAGUGGUGUUAUCGGUAUUCCAUAUGCUCUUUAUCAAUCAGGGUUUGGCCUAGGAAUUCUUCUAUUAAUUAUAGUAGCAAUUUUGACAGAUUAUUCUCUUAUUCUUAUGGUGAAAAGUGGACACAUUUGUGGUGAAAUGAGUUAUCAAGGCUUGAUGCGAGCAAGUUUUGGACGACCUGGUUUCUACAUUCUAUCUACUUUACAAUUUUUUUAUCCAUUUAUAGCUAUGAUAUCUUAUAACAUCGUUGUGGGUGAUACAGUAACUAAAGUAAUUAUCAGAGUAACAGGUGUUGGCAAAGAUAGUAUUUUUGCUCAAAGAGAAGUUGUCAUACUAUUAGCUACUUUAUGCAUCACUAUUCCAUUGUGUUUGUACAGAAAUGUUGCUCGGCUUGCGAAAAUCUCUUUUCUUUCACUUGCCUGCAUUGGAUUUAUUCUUUUGGCAAUUUUCAUCCGAAUUGGUUCCAUGUCAGCUCUCAUCCCAAAUAAAACAGAUAGUUGGAGAUUUGCGAACUUAAAAGGAGUAAUACCAUCCGUUGGAAUAAUGGCAUUUGCAUUUAUGUGCCAUCAUAAUACAUUUCUUAUAUACAGAUCAAUUGAGUGUGCUACUCAGCAGAAGUGGAAUAUAGUCACACACUGGUCUUUAUUUACAUCUUUUAUUAUUGCUGCAGCUUUUGGAAUUACUGGUUAUGUUACAUUUACAAGUCUUGUACAAGGAGAUCUCAUGGAAAAUUAUUGUUGGGAUGAUGACCUUAUGAAUUUUUCAAGAGUAUUAUUCAGUGGAACUAUCUUGCUCACUUUUCCUAUUGAGUGCUUUGUGACUCGUGAGGUCGUUCUAACAACAAUAAAAGGUACAGCAGAGACAGAAAAUCAUGAUAUGUAUACUGGAUCUGACAGACGAUAUUUCUUGAUAACAAUGGGAAUCAUAACUUGUGCAUAUUUUAUAUCAAUGUCAGAAGAUUGUCUUGGAGUUGUUCUUGAGCUAAAUGGUAUAUUGGCUGCAGUGCCACUAGCAUAUGUGCUUCCAGCUUUAUGUUAUAUUAAAUUAGAAGAAGGACCGGUGUUCUCUAUGAAAAAAGUACCUGCUAUUGCGCUUCUUGCAGCAGGCGCAUUUACUGCGAUUACAGGGCUUUAUCUUAUCAUUUUUCGUGAUAAUACCAUAAGUUCAUGUAAUCAUGGUCAAAUAAUGCCUUAUUGUUUAAAUCAUAUUGAUUCAAAUAUUACUACUACCGUUGUACCGGAUAUUCCAGGUGCUGGAAACAAAAUUAUGUCUAUUUUAGAUAAUAAUUUUACGUCUUCACAUAAUUAAAUCUUUGAUGGUUUCAUAAAAAAAAGUUAUAUUGAUGAAAGUAAAAACAAUUCUCUUCAUAUACAGUAUUAAAUGAUAAAUGAUAUUCACAAUAUGUAUUGUGAUAUCUUUAUUUUUAUAUGAAUUAAGUAGCCAAAUAAAUUUUUGAGUUCUUUUUUCAUAGCCAUGGUAUGUCCGACUAUCUUAUUUAUUAAAUGAAUAAUAUUUUUUAAAAAUAUUACAUGGAUCUUUACGUACAUAUAUAUAAGCUUAU